GCUCAGUCCAAAAGCAGAAUCUCGUGUCCCUCCGCCUCGAGAUCUCGAACUUUUGGGUCCGCCUUCAGGCUGAGUCGCUCAUAUUCGACUACCCGCAUCAUGGCUCAGGCGACCAAGCGAAAGGGCCGAGGCUUCGACAACGACCGAUCAGGCCGCCAGGUCUUCAACACGCAAGCCUUCGAUACCGUCGAGGAGGGAGGCGCCAGCGGCAUGGCCCAGCGAUCCGUCGAGGGCUGGAUCGUGCUCGUCACCGGAAUCCACGAGGAAGCCACCGAGGACGACGUCUCGGAAAAGUUUUCAGAGUACGGCGACGUCAAGAACCUCCACCUGAACCUGGAUCGCCGAACGGGAUAUGUCAAGGGAUACGCGCUUGUCGAGUACGAGACGCUGAAGGAAGCCAAAGCCGCUAUCGAGGAUACCAACAACAUCGAAUUCCUCGGCCAGACCAUUCAUUCGGACUUUUGCUUUGUGCGUGGGCCGAGCGGAGGCAAAGGCGGUCAACAGGGAGGCCGACGCGGCUACCACUCAGGACGAAGCAGCGGCCGCCGGGACGAUCGCCGCCGAGAUUGAACUUGUCACCGUCGUCUCCUUGCUCGCCGCCCAUCCCGCUGUUGGUCGGCCACCUUGGCUCGCCCACAACUUCUCGGAG